AUGGCCCGCGGAGGUCGAGGUGGUCGCGGCGGUGGUCGCGGCGGCCGGGUGCAUGGCAAGGAGACCCGCUCCUGCCACUUCUGUUUGAGAAGGGGGCAUCUCAAGGGAAAUUGUCCCACUGUGAUGGCCAUUCAAGGCCUCGUUCAGCUGGCUCGUGCCGAUGGCACCUUGGUUAACGGGUUCCUUCCCCCCGCCGCCGCCAACCGCCGCCGCGCCUCCCAACACCCCGCCCCCCCAACCUCGUGCCUGCCGCUGCCCCCGCACCCGCUGACGCCGCCCCCCCCGUGCCUGCUGCCGCCCCCGCCGCCCCCGCUGAGGCCGCCCCCGCCCCCCGCCGCCGCAGCCACUGUGGCUGCCGCUGCCCCCGCGCCCGCUGACGCCGCCCCCCCCGUGCCUGCUGCCGCCCCCGCCGCCCCCGCUGACGCCGCCCCCGGGCCCGCCGCCGCCGCUACUGUGGCCGUCGCUGCCCCCGCCCCCUCUGCCGCCGCCCCCGGGCCUGCUGCUCGCUCUCGCCGAAGCAGGAUGGGCAUCUUCGUUAGCUCGUCUGCAUUCUGCAUACGACUCAUGGUCCUUGGAGGAUAA